AAACCCAUCCUCACGACACAGGCGUUUAGCGCGUGUAGUUGUAACUUGCCUUCUAUGUAACCUCCUCCUACAUUCCCAAUCACAACUCCCUUCCAAACCCAACACUCUUUUCUUUCUCUCUGAUUUUCUGAGCAACCAAACAACAACAAUGUUUCGUCUAAGCAAUAACUUGGUAGGAAUCCUGAACUUCAUUACAUUCCUGCUCUCAAUCCCCAUCCUGUGGGCAGGGAUCUGGUUAAGAAACAAAGGAGCAUCCGAAUGUGAGAAAUUCCUCGACACUCCAAUUAUAGUUCUUGGUGUCUUCCUCUUAGUUGUCUCACUAGCCGGUCUAAUUGGCGCGUGUUGUGGCGUUUCAUGGCUCCUCUGGGUUUACCUCGUAGUCAUGUUUCUUCUCAUUGUCUUUGUGGCUUUGCAGGCUGGCUGCUGUAAGCCGGAUAGCUGUGGCUUUAAUUAUCAAAAUCCGACUACUUGGGACAAGACUACAAAUGUCACCUCCGAUCCUGACUGUAAUGCGUGGGAUAAUCAAUCAAAUGUUCUCUGCUUUAACUGCAACUCUUGCAAGGCUGGGCUGCUGGACAACCUCAAGAGUGAUUGGAAGAAGGUGGCUAUUAUCAACAUUAUAUUCCUUGUAUUCCUCAUCAUUGUGUACUCCAUUGGAUGCUGUGCAUUCAGGAACAACAGAAGCGAAAAUGCCUACUUUUCUGGAUGGAAGCACACUUAACUUGGGAGAAUUCUACUAGCUGCCGGCAUGGAUGCAGAAAGUAACGCGUAGGAUUAGUUGUAGGCAGCUUACUUAUGUGCUGCCCACUCUGUUAUAUAUUUAUCCUUUUCCGCAGGUGGUUUCUUGUAUAGCAUGUGUAUGCCUUUCUUUUAGUAUCCUUGUGAACAUAUUGGCUUUCUAUGAUACGGAGUUCAUAUUUUCUAAA